UGUGAUGGCAAAUAGGGUUGAAAAAUCGUCUCUCUGCAAGUAGGUUGGGAGUUGGCUGGCCCUUAAAUGUUCCUGGGGAAGAAAAGUCAGCCUUUGAUGUACCCACCACUUAUGGAUAGGGUAGUCACCCUCUCUCUCACUCUGAUUCUCAUUCUCUCCAUGGCUAUUAGAUUUAGACGAACUUGUCAAAUGCUUAUCCAGUGUUUUUUGGUUGACAAUGUUGGUCGGUUCGUUUGGUUGGACGGUCGGUAAUAGGUUAAUCGAUCUUUUCAGAACUGGUAAGAAAAAAAAAACUAUAAACUGAAGCCAACCAAACCUGAUUGGAAGUUUUAUGAUCUCUUCUUCCUUUCCUCCACCUGUUUGUCACUCUUACGUGAUCCAUCAAUGACCAAUAUCCAAAUUACCGGAUUUGAACCUGAUAAACUUGUCUUACAUCCGGUAUUACUCACAUGGAUGUUGAGCCAGGAGUAAGAACACUUACGGAUUUCAGGACUUCGAGUCUAGCUUUCCAUUCUAAGUAUUUAUUGGUAGCGUCGGUUGAGUGACUUCUAACUUCUCACUUCGUCUUUCGAGCUCAUAUAUUCUAAACCUUCGAUCAUGGAUCUGUUGUUAAUUUUUAUUUUAUUUUAUUUUAUGAUAAAGAUAAGUAUUUUGAUUGGAGUAUAGUAGAUGGCAAAUUUGGUCUUAUUAUAUAUACAUCCCUUCUAUUCUAUAAAUGUGAACAAUUCUAUGAUUUUGUCGGUCUCCGUUAGCUAGAUUUGAUAUUGUUACAAAACCAACAUCUCAUUCACUCCAUUUAUGGGCUCUACUAACAUUGCUAUUAUUACCCUACUUCAAUAAACAAAGACGCCACUUGCAUUCAAGAUCUAGUCACAACUUGUCACCAUUUCCAUGGACGUACGAUUCAUCACCCUGAGCUAGAUAGCUAGCUCCCACACUUUGCACUAUAAAUAGCACCCAAACUCUGCCCAUAAACACCACACCAACUCUCCUCCACUACUAAAAAAAGAAACCUUUCCACAGAGAAAACUCCAACAAUGGCGUCUUCCAACAACAAGACUCUGCUCAUCCUCCUCUGCGCUCUCUUCGCCCUCGCAAUCAUCGUCUCCGCCGAAGUCUCCUCCACCACCGCAAGUGAAGGUGAUGCUAAGGAUGUUGACCAAUACGAGCGCGGCGGAGGUGGCUACCAAGGCGGAGGCGGGAACUAUGGCCGCGGUGGCGGCGGGAACUAUGGCCGCGGUGGCAGCGGGAACUAUGGUCGCGGCGGCGGAGGCGGCGGCGGCGGCGGUGGAAGGUGCCGUUACGGUUGCUGCCGUGGGUACCGUUACUCGUACGGAUGCUCGAGGUGCUGCGCACUUGCCAAUGAGGCUCCUGAUGCCUUCUUUGCUGAUGAUGUCAAGAACUAAUUAAGAGGAGCUGUGUGUGUGUGAAUCGUGAAUAAAUGAGAGAGUUCUAUAGUUAAGGACUUCUCUUUGGGGUUUUGUUUACUCUUUUUUUGGGACACUUCACUUCGUUUUGUGUCACAUGUACUAUUGAGUUACUAGUGUUGUUGUAAGUCUUCAUGCUCGAUGGAUUAGAUAGAGCAAUAAAUAAAUGUAUCGUGUUAAGUGUGAGCUUGGUUUAUGUAUGGGUUUGAUGAAGAAUUUUCGAAAAUUUUGUGGAUCGCGCUGUUCAUCUACUCAAAGUUGUCAUCUGGUCAACGGUCUAUCGAUCGGCAGAUGGAGAACCGGUUUGUCGAAUCAAAAUGAUAUGUUAUU